CCAACCAAAGGAGCCCUUAAUUUUUUCACACUUUCUCUCUUCUUCUGCUGUUCUCCGCCUCUCAGAGAAAACCAUCUCACUCUCUCCCCUGCAAUGGCCGCCACGGCGACGGCUGCAUCAUUGUACGCAUCUCGUGUCCACUUCCAGAAUCAGAACAAAGCUCAUGGCUUUCCUGCAAAGACCCCCAACUCAGUGCAAGUAACUCAGAUCAUCGAUGGGAGGAAGACGAGGAAUGUCACUGUUCUCGCCGCUGCUUCCACUGAUAAAGCCGUCACAGCUGCUCAGUCUGUAGCUCCGAAGGCUAGUGAUAGAGUAAGGAGGCAUACAAUCUCGGUGUUUGUGGGUGAUGAGAGCGGUAUAAUAAACCGGAUAGCUGGAGUGUUUGCUAGAAGGGGGUAUAAUAUUGAGUCCCUUGCCGUGGGAUUGAAUGAAGACAAGGCUCUGUUUACUAUUGUUGUUCUUGGGACAGACAAAGUCCUCCAACAAGUCGUGGAACAGCUUAACAAACUCGUCAAUGUCAUCAAGGUGGAAGAUCUCUCCAAGGAGCCGCAUGUAGAACGUGAACUAAUGCUCAUUAAACUUAAUGCUGAUCCAAGCACUCGCUCAGAGAUCAUGUGGUUGGUGGAUAUCUUUAGAGCAAAAAUCGUGGAUACCUCGGAGCACUCUCUAACAAUUGAGGUAACUGGAGACCCAGGAAAAUUGGUUGCACUUGAGACAAACUUGGAGAAGUUUGGAAUAAGAGAAAUUGCGAGAACAGGGAAGAUUGCUCUGAGACGGGAAAAGAUGGGAGACACUGCUCCGUUCUGGAGAUUUUCAGCGGCAUCAUACCCACAUCAUAUUCAGGAGUCUCAUGAAAAUGUUGCAGAGCAAAGAAAGCUAGCAUUGACUGGAAAUGGCAAUGCAUCAUCGGGGGGUGACGUUUAUCCAGUGGAGCCCUAUCAUGAUUUCAAACCGGUCCUUGACGCUCAUUGGGGAAUGGUCUAUGACGAAGAUUCAAGCGGAAUCCGCUCCCACACGUUAUCUAUACUUGUAGCCAACGUACCCGGAGUUCUCAAUCUAAUAACCGGAGCUAUCUCUAGGAGAGGUUACAACAUCCAGAGUCUAGCUGUUGGUCCUGCUGAGAAAGAAGGCUUAUCUCGGAUUACAACAGUUAUCCCUGGAACUGAUGAUCAUAUUGACAAAUUGGUUAGGCAGCUUCAGAAGUUGAUUGAUCUUCACGAGGUCCAAAAUAUUACCCACAUGCCAUUUGCGGAGCGAGAACUGAUGCUCAUCAAAGUAGCUGCUCAUACUUCUGCGAGGAGAGAUGUUCUAGAUAUUGCUCAAGUUUUCCGUGCUAAAGCCAUUGAUGUCUCUGAUCAUACUAUCACUCUUGAGGUUACGGGGGAUCUCAGAAAAAUGGCUGCACUACAAACGCAGUUAGAGGUCUAUGGACUCUGUGAGGUGGCUCGGACUGGAAGAGUGGCAUUGGUAAGAGAAUCUGGAGUGGAUUCGACUUAUCUCCGUGGAUACUCUCUUCCUUUGUAGUUCCAAAGAGGCCUUGCCACAAGCUUCACUGUUCCUGUAAACUAGUCACGGACUGCAAGUUGUCUCAGCGUCUGUGAUUGAUUGCUUUCUCACAGAGUGAUGGCGUCUUGAGUUGUUAUAGGAGGACUUAUUUAGAGAACUAAAAAUAAAUAAUCAUGUGUUGUUUGGAUAGCUUUGAAUGCUUUUCUCAAAUGUAAAACACUACUUCUAGUUUGUCAGAUAUUAGUAGCUUUCACAGACUUGUAUAAUUUGGUGGCAAAGGAAAAUAAAAAAUUAACGAAUUGUGGAGA